CCUCUCUCCCUCUCUCUCUAGAUCUCAUCUUCAACCUCCACCCUAUUUACAUGUUCAACUCAAUUAAGCUCUCUCUACUACUUCAACCACCACCGCAGCCAUGGAAAUCUCUUGCACUUUUGAUAUCCUACUCUCUACUAUUUCUUCCUUUGUCCCAAUUCUAAUCUGUUCCGUGUUCCUUCUGUGGUUUUUCCUUCAAUGGCGCCCGCGCCACCCCAGAGACCAACGCCUCCCUCCUGGUUCCAUGGGCUGGCCUUACAUUGGAGAGACACUCGAGCUCUACUCUCAAAACCCAAAUUCCUUCUUCUCCAUCAGGCAAAAAAGGAAUGGAGAUAUAUUCAAGACACACAUCCUGGGAUGCCCAUGUGUGAUGAUAUCAAGCCCUGAAGCAGCAAAGAUUGUGCUGGUGAGCCAAGCUCACCUCUUCAAGCCAACGUAUCCCCCAAGCAAAGAGAAGAUGAUUGGACCAGAGGCUCUAUUCUUUCACCAAGGGGCUUACCACUCCAGGCUCAAGAAGUUGGUUCAAGCCUCCUUUGUGCCCUCUGCAAUCAGAGGCUCGGUCCCUGACAUUGAGAAAAUCGUUCUGGGUUUUCUUCCAACUUGGGAUGGCAGCACCGUUAACGCUUUACAAGAGAUGAAGAGGUAUGCUUUUGAUGUGGCAAUGAUUUCAGCCUUUGGUGAAAGCCUGGAAUUAGAGAUGGAAGGAAUAAAAGAACUGUACCGUUGUUUGGAGAAGGGAUACAAUUCCAUGCCUUUAGAUCUCCCCGGAACUCUUUUUCACAGAGCAAUAAAGGCAAGGAAGCUUCUAAAUGAGACACUGAGGAAAUUGAUACAGAAGAAAAGAGAGAGCAGUAUACAAGGAGGAGGAGGGCUGCUGGGGGCAUUAUUGGGUGCCAAAGACCAGAAGCUUAAUCAUCUGACUGACUCUCAAAUUGCCGAUAACAUCAUCGGAGUAAUAUUUGCUGCUCACGAUACCACUGCGAGUGUUCUAACCUGGGUUUUGAAAUAUUUGCAUGAUAAUGGACAUCUCUUAGAAGCUGUUACGAGGGAACAGGAAGAAAUUCGAGGCAGAAUAGUUGAAGCCAACCGUGGACUUACGUGGGAUGACACUCGAAGCAUGCCUCUGACUAGCCGGGUAAUACAGGAGACGCUAAGAAGAGCAAGUAUUCUGUCGUUCACAUUCAGGGAAGCAGUCCAAGACGUUGAAUUGGAAGGCUACUUCAUCCCCAAAGGUUGGAAAGUUCUUCCUCUCUUCAGAACCAUUCACCAUUCUGAAGAUUUCUUUCCUGAACCCCAUAGAUUCGACCCUUCAAGAUUCGAGGUGCCACCGAGACCAAACACGUACAUGCCAUUUGGGAAUGGUGUCCACUCUUGUCCUGGCAGUGAGCUGGCCAAGCUCGAGAUGCUCAUCCUCCUCCACCACCUCACUACCUCUUACAGAUGGAAAGUUAUAGGAGAGGAGGAGGGCAUACAAUACGGCCCUUUCCCGGUACCUAAAGGAGGCUUGCCAAUAAGAGUACACCAGAGGAUCAAAUCAAGAAAUGAUCUAUUCAAUCCAAGCACGUGACGCGGCAUCGAUCGGAACGUUUUUUUUUUUUUUUUCU